GGAACAGGAGGUGGAGCCCUGAGCACAGAUAAAGGCUCAAGUCUGGAGCUCUCCGCGUGCUCAAGCCGCAGCCCCUCCUCUCCUGCUCUCAUUGCCAGUUCUCCAGUGUUCACAGGUAAGCCCACCACCAACCACGAUGGAGGCCAUAAAGAAAAAGAUGCAGAUGCUCAAGCUGGACAAGGAGAAUGCUCUGGACCGUGCUGAGCAAGCUGAAGCGGAGCAGAAGCAGGCAGAAGAAAGAAGUAAACAGCUGGAAGAUGAGCUGGCGGCCAUGCAGAAGAAGCUGAAAGGGACAGAGGAUGAGCUGGACAAGUAUUCUGAAGCCCUGAAGGAUGCCCAGGAGAAACUGGAGCUGGCAGAGAAGAAGGCAGCUGACGCUGAGGGUGAGGUGGCUUCCUUGAACCGCAUCCAGUUGGUGGAAGAGGAGCUGGAUCGUGCUCAGGAGCGCUUGGCCACUGCCCUGCAAAAGUUGGAAGAAGCAGAAAAAGCUGCUGAUGAGAGUGAGAGAGGUAUGAAGGUUAUUGAAAACCGGGCCUUAAAAGAUGAAGAAAAGAUGGAACUCCAGGAAAUCCAACUCAAAGAAGCUAAGCACAUUGCAGAAGAGGCAGACAGGAAGUAUGAAGAGGUGGCUCGUAAAUUGGUGAUUAUUGAAGGAGACUUGGAACGCACAGAGGAACGAGCUGAGCUGGCAGAGUCUAAGUGUUCUGAGCUGGAGGAGGAGCUGAAGAAUGUCACCAACAACCUCAAGUCUCUUGAGGCUCAGGCGGAGAAGUACUCUCAAAAAGAGGACAAAUAUGAGGAAGAAAUAAAGAUUCUCACCGAUAAACUCAAGGAGGCGGAGACCCGUGCUGAAUUUGCUGAGAGAUCGGUAGCCAAGCUGGAAAAGACAAUUGAUGAUUUGGAAGAUGAGCUCUAUGCCCAGAAACUGAAGUACAAGGCCAUUAGCGAGGAGCUGGACCACGCCCUCAAUGACAUGACCUCUAUAUAAACUGAAAUGCACCAAAGAGGAGCACCUCUGUACACAAAGGAUGCUGGACCAGACUCUGCUUGACCUGAACGAGAUGUAGAGCACCCCAGUCCCGCCCUGCCGCUGCUCCUCCCUCUGACCCCGACUCCACCUGAGGCCAGCCUGCCCGGAGCUGACCUCUAAACUGAGGGCUGAUCUUUUAACUGGAAGGCUGCUUUCUCCUUUUGCCACCCACCUCCUCUGUCCUUAGACCCCGCCCCCGUGUCCUUUCACCAAACUGUCUCUGCCUCUUCCCAGAGAUUCCAGUGGGACCAGAGGCUGAGCACUUUUGGGAACAACAUUUAAGGGAAUGUGAGCACAAUGCAAAGUGUCUUUCAAAGCAUGUUGUGAUGUACACAUUUUGUAAUUACCUUUUUUGUUGUUGUAGUGACCAUUUUGUAAAACAUUCCAAGUAAUUCCACACUCGGAAGGAGCAAUCUAAUACUUUUCUUACUUUUUGAAGGUAACUUUUCAGCUUAAUGCAUAGUGCCCUGUCCGCAGAGCAAGGAAAGAGGUGUUGGGCCUGCCUUACUGGGCACCAGACAGAGCCCAGGAAAGACUCCUCUGUGGGGAACCUCACUGCUCUGUACAAAGCAUCAGCCAAACCAGAAAGGUGAUUCUGGGAGGAGUUGGCCAAAAACAAAAACCCCUCGCGCUGUUCAGGUUUACAGCUUUAAGGUAUCUUUGGCACUGUUUUUGUUUUGUUUUGUUUUGUUUUCAUUCAUCAGAAGUGACCAAAUUAAAAUGGUAAGACCUCUGAGACCAAUUUUUUGCCCCACCUCUGCCCCUUCCCAACAGCUUGCAGAAUGGAUCAUGUGCCUCUUAGGUUGAGGUGAUCACUUCACUGCUUUUCCUGCCUCCUUGAGAGAAAGAAAAUUAUGUUUUUGCCACUGAUUUAGCCAUAUAAAACUCAUCUCACCACCCUUUGCUGGGUCUGAAGCUGCUGUUUCUAAAAGUGCCAUCUCAUUGUGCUUUGUAUCAGUCAGUGCUGGAGAAAUCUUGAAUAGCUUCUGUACAAAACUUUUAAAAUUUUAUAUUAUUUUGAAACUUUGCUUCUCUGGCCUUGGGGACCCUGGCCAGCCCUUCUGGCUGUGAGAGCAUUCCACAGUCUGGGCUGGCAGUGUGCUAGUCUUUCCAAGUUCCUUCCCCCACCCUGUCCCCACUUUAGGUGAGGUUUCUGUGAGGUCUGUUAGGUGUACAUCCUGCAGCUUAUUGGCUUAAAAUGUACUCUCCUUUGGUGUGGUCUCUUUGGGGCCUGUUGGGAGAAAGAAAAACCAAUAGUGUAACUGUUUUGAUACUGAUUAUUGACAAUAAGUGUCUUUUUGAAAUAAAGAACCAGUCCCUCCAACUCUCGGA